AUGGCUUACGGAAAUUCAAGAUCUGUAAGAUUUCAAGAUGAUCUUGAAUCAUCAAAGCUGCAGGAAGUCAUCGCAAACGGCGAGUAUAUUAAGCUUAAAGAAAAGAUUGACAGGACAUGGAUGUCGGAGCCCAGCACUAGGAAGAAGAUAAUUACUGGGAAAUCCUUGAAAGCUUAUAAAGUGCUAUCCAGGGUCUUUUCUGGGGACUAUGAGAAUGUAAGGAAGAAGAUAUUGGAUCCUCAAGGACAUACGAUUCGAAGAUGGAACAAGAUAUUCUUAGUAGCCUGUUUGGUUUCAUUGUCUCUGGACCCUUUGUUCUUUUACUUGCCGGUUGUUCGGGACAAAGCUGUUUGCAUUGCUAUUGCGUUACACCUUGAAGUAGGCCUUACAUUUAUUAGAUCCCUGACCGAUAUUUUCUACAUCAUUCAAAUCUAUAUCAGAUUUCGUACAGCAUAUGUUGCACCUUCCUCUCGUGUUUUUGGGAGAGGAGAACUUGUUAUUGAUUCUUCAAAGAUUGCCCUAAGGUAUCUUCGCAAGGGCUUCUGUAUUGACCUCAUGGCUGCCCUGCCUCUUCCUCAAAUGUUGAUUUGGAUUGUAAUCCCUACUCUAAAAGGUUCAACUACAAGAAACACGAAAAACGUGCUUCGAUUUUUCAUAAUUUUUCAGUACCUCCCAAGACUGUUUCUUAUUUUUCCUCUCUCAUCACAAAUUGUUAAGGCCACUGGUCUCAUGACAGAAACAGCAUGGGCAGGUGCUGCUUACAACCUGAUGCUUUACAUGCUGGCAAGCCACGUUUUAGAAGCUUGCUGGUACCUUCUAUCGAUUGAGAGACAGGAAGCAUGUUGGAGAAGAGUCUGCAACAUUGAGAGGCCAUAUUGUCAGUAUGGAUUCUUGGAUUGCCACAGGGUUGCAGAUCCUCAUGACAGGAACUAUUAUUGGUCCAAGUUAAGCAAUGUCUCAAAUCUAUGCAAUCCAGAUAAUAGCUUCUAUCAGUUUGGUAUAUAUGGCGAUGCAUUGAUAUCUAGUGUUACAAGCUCAUCUUUCUUCAACAAGUACUUUUAUUGUCUUUGGUGGGGCCUAAAGAAUUUGAGUUCCCUGGGACAAAAUCUUUCCACGAGCACUUACGUUGGAGAAAUAGUCUUUGCCAUAAUUGUUGCAACUCUUGGAUUGGUUCUUUUUGGAUUGCUCAUUGGUAAUAUGCAGACAUAUCUCCAAUCCGUAACUGUCCGAUUUGAAGAGUGGAGGAGCAAGAAAACAGACACUGAACAAUGGAUGCAUCACAGGCAGCUACCUCCAGAGUUGAGACAGUCUGUACGUAAGUACAAUGAGUAUAAGUGGGUGGCUACUCGAGGAGUUGAAGAAGAAGCUCUUCUCAGAGGCCUUCCUAUGGAUCUCCGAAGAGACAUCAAACGCCAUCUCUGCCUCGACUUAGUUCGCCGAGUCCCCUUGUUCGAUCAAAUGGAGGAAAGGAUGCUGGACGCAAUAUGUGAGAGGCUUAAACCUGCACUAUGCACCCAAGGCACAUUUCUAGUGCGUGAAGGUGACCCUGUGAAUGAAAUGGUGUUCAUACUCCGGGGCCACUUGGAUCCUUUCACAACUGGUGGCGGCCGUGCUGGGUUCUUCAACUCUUGCCGCAUUGGCCCCGGUGAUUUCUGCGGCGAGGAGCUCGUGACGUGGGCUUUGGACGCGAGUUCAAGUCCCGUCCUGCCAUCGUCGACACGCACAAUCAAAGCCAUCACGGAAGUAGAGGCUUUUGCUAUAGAAGCAGAAGACUUGAAGUUUGUAGCAGCACAGUACAGAAAGCUGCGGAGUAAAGAGCUUAAACAUAAGUUCAGGUUCUACUCGCAGCAGUGGAGAACGUGGGCUGCAUGUUUCAUACAAAUUGCAUGGCGUCGGUAUAAAAAACGUAAGGAUGCAGCAGCUGAGGUGAGGGAUAAGCAAGAAGACGAGAAGGAAAAAAGGCUUAUGGAGAAAGAGUCGUGUGAAAAUGAAUUAAGCAUUAAAGUUCAUGUACAUUGA